GGGUUUCAUGCCCCCUUGGCCGGUCUGGGACUGGUCGCCCUGCCGGCAAGAGGAAUAACGCUCGCCCCACAGCACUGACGUGUGGUGGUGAGAAAUAAAUCUCACACACCCCUUCCUGUGCCCAGUAGGCCUGGUGCUUCUCGGCCUGCCCUCCAGUACGGUAUCUCCAUCCUUAGUGCCGGCAGCAACCGCUGCUUCUCACGUUCAGCUGAGCUCCAAAGCCAGACAGUGGGCGGCGCAGGCUUCGUGGGAAGGGGAAAAUGAUAGCUCUUUAUUUCCCCUCAACCUGGUUACUCUCCCUUACGUUAUGGGGCACUGGCGGUUGGAUUCCACUCUUAGAGUUGGAGAAGCCUCAUUACACUGAGAGUGGAUGGGCGAAAGUGGGUUGGACACUUCCUGCUGUCUCAGCCAGCUUUGGGCGGGUGCGGCGAUGGUCGCCUCCUAUCGUUAAUUGUCUCUCCGUUCCUUCAUGGACUAGAGGUUAUAGAGACCAGAGUCGAAUAUAGUUUUCAAAAAAUUAUAAACAGAGCAGCUUUUCUGUUUAAGCCUUUCAAAGCAUGGCCCGCGCUUCUGCUGUGGCCCUUUCUCAUCAUUUGGGAACAUUUACAAAGAAGAUCUUAAAAUGAAGAUAUUCUCAACCCUUUCUGCAAACAAUGAGUUACAAGGCACUAAUAGUUCUGGAUCGCUGGGUGGUCUUGAUGUUCGCAGACGAAUUCCUAUAAAGCUCAUCUCCAAGCAAGCAAACAAAGCCAAACCUACACCUCGAACUCAGAGGACUAUAAACAGGAUGCCUGCUAAGGCUACAGCUGGUGAUGAAGAAGGAUUUGAUUAUAAUGAAGAAGAACUGUUUGGAAAUCAGCGAAGAUUUCCUGAACAUCUAUUUUGGGACUUUAAGAUAAACAUCUUAGGUGAAAAGGAUGAUACACCAGUUCAUUUCUGUGACAAAUGUGGCCUGCCUAUUAAAAUCUAUGGGCGAAUGAUUCCAUGCAAACAUGUUUUUUGCUAUGACUGUGCUAUUUUACAUGAGAAAAAGGGAGAUAAGAUGUGUCCAGGCUGCAGUGAUCCUGUGCAGCGAAUUGAACAGUGUACACGAGGUUCUCUCUUCAUGUGUAGCAUUGUUCAAGGGUGCAAGAGAACGUAUUUGUCUCAGAGAGACUUACAGGCUCACAUCAACCAUCGCCACAUGCGAGCUGGAAAACCUGUUACCCGCACUUCGCUUGAAAAUGUUCAUCCUCCUAUUGCCCCGCCACCAGCUGAAAUCCCUGAGCGCUUUAUAAUGCCGCCAGAUAAGCACCACAUGAGCCAUAUUCCACCAAAGCAGCACAUCAUGAUGCCACCGCCUCCUUUGCAGCACGUGCCACAUGAGCACUAUAAUCAGCCACAUGAGGAUAUUCGUGCUCCUCCCACAGAAUUGUCCAUGGCUCCACCACCACCUCGCUCGGUCAGUCAGGAAACCUUUCGUAUUUCAACAAGAAAACACAGCAAUUUAAUAACCGUCCCUAUUCAGGAUGACUCAAAUUCAGGUGCUAGAGAACCACCACCUCCUGCCCCAGCACCUGCUCACCAUCAUCCUGAAUAUCAGGGUCAACCAGUGGUUUCGCACCCUCAUCAUAUUAUGCCUCCACAGCAACAUUAUGCACCACCCCCACCUCCUCCACCUCCAAUCAGUCAUCCAAUGCCACAUCCUCCCCAGGCUGCAGGUACUCCUCACUUGGUAUACAGCCAAGCUCCACCUCCACCAAUGACCUCUGCUCCACCACCAAUAACCCCUCCCCCUGGACAUAUUAUUGCCCAGAUGCCACCUUAUAUGAAUCACCCUCCUCCAGGACCUCCCCCACCUCAACAUGGUGGUCCGCCUGUAACUGCUCCCCCUCCUCACCAUUACAAUCCUAACUCUUUACCCCAGUUUACUGAAGAUCAAGGAACUCUCAGCCCUCCAUUUACACAACCAGGGGGAAUGAGUCCUGGUAUAUGGCCUGCACCAAGAGGGCCACCUCCUCCUCCACGAAUGCAGGGUCCGCCUUCUCAAACCCCAAUUCCUGGACCACAUCAUCCAGAUCAGACAAGAUAUAGACCUUAUUACCAAUGAUAAUAGCGUUUUGAACUGAAGACAUGAGGAGGAAAAAACUUAGAGUCAGUCUUUUCAUUAAGCUUUGACUGUUUUGGGAAGGAAAAGUACCUCUUACCAAACAUAGGGUCUUUUGUCUUUUGAAAUGGUUUUCAAUCUUGACUUUAGGAUUGAUUUCAAGUACUAUACUGUAGUGCAGUUAAGUGGCUCGGUUGAGCACAGCUAUAUUUUAACAACUUUGUUCCCCUAGUGCGGUAAAUUAACUCAGAAGUGACCAUUUGUAAAAAAAAAAAAUUGAAAAAUUUUCAUUGUUCCACUUUCGAAAGUACAGCUUUUGGUAAACCCAAUGUUUAGUUUUUCUUGUGAUACAUUUUGUUAACCUGUGUAAAAGGAUUAAAUUUCAAUAUGGUUGUAAAAAUGCUAUUUUUAUGUAAACUUAAGUGCAGCCACAUACUGUUUUUUAAAAUCAUAUGUUUUACCACUAAUUUCCCAAAGUUAUAAUAAAAUCCUUAAAGUAGAAUUUGCUAUAAGGCAGACUGUUAAAUGAUAAGAGUAUUUCACAUUUUAGGCACUGAAAUUUUGAGAUGUAGUAAGUAUAUAAUACAUUUCACUUGGAUGCCUUCUUGAGUUUAGGCAGCCUUAGGGACACCAAAAUACAUUGGAAUUCCAGUACUAAGAUGCUGAUGAUAUUAAAAGGCAUUCUAAUUAUUUGGGAGAAUACAGCCAAAGUAAUACUCUACAGGCUCCAAGCUUGGGGGAGGGGAACGCUGUCACUUUUUUUUUCCUGAAUGGUUGGAAUCACACGAUGCACCACACUUACUGAUCUUAACUAACAUUUUAUAGAACUGUUCAAUUGGUGUUAUAUAGAUGACAUUUUCUCUGCUCAUUGUCUUAAGCUAAAUAUUUAGGGCUGAUAGGCUUUAUAUAAAUCCUCAUUUCAUGGUAGUUUAAAUUCUGUGCUUAUGUGGGUUCUUGUUUAUUGGGUUUUAAACUAAAAUUGAAAUGCUUUGGAGGAAUUUGAAUAAUGUAUUAAUGAGGAAUGUUUUCUUGUAAUCACAAAACUAGCAUAUGCUCAGGUUUCAUUGCUUGUGUGAUAAGGGUUUUUCCUCUAACUUGAAAUUUGAAAACUAUUAUUUCUUGUUCCUUUUAUUGGUCAAGUGAUCUAAAUUUGUAAUGUUUUAGCAUGGCAUCAACAAUGAUGACUACCAGAUAAUUUUGUAUUGGAGAAAAAGGUAAUGACUAAAUUGUGAAUUUCAGUGCUUUAUAGGUGCCUUUAGAGUCAGCUUUUGCAUUACUGGGGCUUGUUACAGUCCAGCUAAGAUGACCACUUAUGGUUUAUACGGAUCUCAUAUGUAUAAAUCAACAUUCUUAGGAUAUUAUUAUAUAUCCUCUGAAGAAACCCCUGUGAACUUUUCUUCCCUCCUAAAAUGGUGCAUAUUAUAAACAUGACGUGUAGUAUGCAGACAUCAUUUAUUAGGUAGUUUGUAGUAUAUAAAUUUAGAACAUACUUCUUUUUCAACAAAGGAUGAACUAUUUGCUAAUUUACCAUUUUAAUCUGUCUGGUACAGGCAAAACAAAUUUUCAUUUUGGAUGAUCAGAUACAAAACUUUCUGAACUUAGAACAGUUAAUAUAAAUGGCCUUUUCACUCUUGACUGGCCAAAAAUAAUACACUUUUUUCUUAAGUAAUUUUUCACACUUAGCAGUUUGAGAGACUAGUUGGUUAAUGCACUAUUUCUAAGGAGAAAUUCUUGUUAUUAGGAGCAUGAGAGUGAAAUAGUGUGAAGUAUUGGUGGUGAGUGCUUCUAUCAUAUUACUGUAGGUACUUGGACUGGUGCAAACUUGAUUCCUAUUCAUGCCCCUGUUUAGGAUCUAUUAAAAUAUUACUAAUUAAAAAUCCAAACCAUUCUUUGUCAUGUAAUUAGAAAAUAGCAGCCAAAUUCACGUUAGAGCUUCUCAGCUAUUUGUGAAGAGCUCUUCUGCUUUUAUUGAAAUUCAUUACAUCAAAUGUGGUAAGAAACCACCUCGCCUGUGUUUUGGACAAAACAAAAAAGAAAAAAACUAUCAUGCUAAAAUUCCAUAUGUUAAGAGAAUUCCUAUAGGCUUUUAAAAAUGACUUAAUUUAGGUUUAAUAAACGUUAUCCAGGGAGGCAGAUCAAAUGAAUGUCUUGUAGGAGACAAAAAUUUUUAAUUGAUGUUAGACUUGAACUCAUCAGUUAAUUGUUUGAAUGAGGGUGGGUGGGUAGAAGGAAAACAAAAUUACUGUUAGUGUUUCUUUUCUUAAGGAAAAAGAUGUGAAUCCCAGCCUUAUUUCAGGGAACCCUUUGAAGCUAUGAUGGACGUAAGUCUAAAUGUAUGUAUGUUUCAUUAUAUUGCUCUUAAGACUACUGAGGUGGCAGUUUUAACUCUUAAAAACAAUAAAAUGGAAGCAUAAAUACUAUUUUGCCUAGAUGAAUUUUUACCUAAUGAUGAUACAUUUGGGACAAUGCAAGAUUUUUCAUGUUUAUGGUAAAGCUUUCUACAGUAAAACUGGAUUCUUUUUGGGCGGGGCUCUUUUUGAGACAGGGUCUCACUAUACAGUUCAAGCUGGCCUUGAGCUCAGUUCAUAGCCUGGGCUGCUCUUGAACUUGCAGCAAUCCUGCUUCAGGCUCCUAGGUGUUGGGAUUACAAACAUGUGUCACCACGUCUGCUUUAGAUUCACUUUUAAAAAAAUUAAAACCAGCAAGUAGAAAAUUGUGUUUCUUUAAUGGCAUUUUUGUGUUUUGGUACAUAUACAUUUGUAAUUGCUAUCUUUUUCAUGGAUCAUUUUAUCCAUAUGUAGUAACCUUUGUCUCUUCUGACGAAUUUUUACCUAAAAUCUGUUUCAUUGAAUAUGAGUUACCCCUACCUCUGCUUUCUUUUGGAUUUCAUUUGUUUAGAUUAUUGUUUUUCAUUCUUUUACUUUCAGUCUGUGUAUGUCUUUGCCAGUGAGGUGAGUUUCUUGCAUACAGUAGACUGUUGGGCUUUGUUUGUAACCUAAUCAGCCAAAUCUGUCUUUUAAUUGGAGAAUUAAAACUUUUUACAAUCAUGCUUAUUAUUGAAAGGUAUGUUUUAGUUCUUGUCAUUUUUCCCCUGUCUCUGGCUGUUUCAGAUAAUCUACAUCACUUCUCUCUUCCUUAUCCGUAUUCACGGUUUGAUGGUUUACUGUAUCAUGUUUGAUUCUUCCCUAAUUCUUACUUAUCCACUCUUCUGUGUGGAAGAUUCUUACAAGUGUGUUCUGUAAUGUGUUUCAUGAACUCCUUUAGCUUAUGCUUCAUUUUUCCUUUGAUUCUGAAGAAUAAUUUUACUGGCUCCUAGUAAUCUAGGUUGGCAAUUAUUUUCUUUCAGAGGUUGAAAUAUAUUUUUUACAUGCCCUCCUGGCCUUCAGAGUUUCUGCUGAGAAAUCUGCUAGUAUUCCAUUGGGUUUGCUUUUAUAAGUUUGUGCUUGUUUGCAAAAUUCUUUCUUUGGCAUGUAUUUUUGGAAGUUUAAUUAUAAUAUGUUGGGAGUUUUUUUUCUGGUCAUGCCUAUUCGGGAUUCUAAAUGUCUCCUAUAUUUGAAUGUCCAUUUCUUUCCUAAGAUUUGGAAAUUUUUAAGCAUUGAACUGAAUAAAUUUUCUGUACCGUUAGCCUCCCUCGUUUAUUCUGAUUAUAUAUAUUCAGCUCCUUUGUUUAUUCUGAUUAUAUACAUUUCAUCUCUUUACUGGUGUCCUUUAGAUUUUGUAUUCUAUUUAUUCUGAUUUUUUCCUUACUAUCCAAAUGUGAUAAUUCAUCAACAUCAUCUUCAAGCUCUGAAUAUUCUUUUUUUCUGCUUGACCCAGUUUAUUGGUGAGACUUUCAACCGAGUUUUUUUUUAACUUACUGAACUUUUCAUUCUCAUGAUUUCUUUUUUGUAUUUUUCAGAAUCUUUCUAUUGAAUUGUUCUUUUGUAUCCUUCAUUGUCUUUUUAAAUUUAUUCUUCUGUUUAUUUGUAUUUUCUUUGAAUUUAUAAGUCAUUUUUAAAAAUUAUUUGGCAAGCUAGUCAUUCACUUUGAUAUGAUUGGAAUGAAUCCCUGGAGUAUUAUGAAGUUUUAGAGAUGUCAUGUUAUCUUGCUCUUUUCAUAUUUCUUGUAUUUAUAUGUUGAGAUUUAUCUGUUAGGAUAGAUACUUCUUUCAGAAACAUUUGUGUGAGGUCUUCUCAGUGAGCAGCAUUCUCUGGAUGUGCCCUGGAAUUUGGUUGUUUUUUUAAUUUUUGUUUUGUAAUGUUGAAAUUAAUUUGAAGUAGAUUUUGGAAUUUAGUAGAUUUUCUAAGUUAGUUUCCCUGUGAGUUUUUUUGACUGUGACAAAUGUGUUUUGAAACAGGGCUUGAAGGGCCUGUGUUUUCUGUAGGUUUACAACAGUGAAGUUCCUUUGAUAGUUCAGAGAGGUAUAGAAUAGACAGCGUAGUAAAUGAGGUACACUUCUGUGGUUUCUCCUCCAGUCCUGUCAGCAGUGCGUGAUUUGAAAGGUAUGGGUCUGGCCUGGGCUGGGAUCCCUCACAUGUGUGGUGUACACAAUGUACUGUCCACUAUUGCUAGGGAAGUCGCUUCAGCUCACCCCAGCUGUGAUGACAUGGGACCAUGUGUCAGCUGUAGGUGUUUCCUCCCCUGUUCUGUAAAUUGAAGUGUCUGCCAGGGUUCUGGCAGCCCUAGGUUGUGACUAGAAUGCAUACAGUUUCAACUGGCUGGGGUUGGCUCAGUGGGAAAGCACCCAGCCAAUGUGCCUGAGGUGCUCAGCUCCAUCCCACUGAACAGAAAAAUGAAAACCAUGACAUGAAAACAAAUCAGGCAUAGAAAUAAAGAAACACCUGCAGCACCAAUAGCAAUGGAAAAGGGUUAGAAUACACUUAAAAGCUAAAAAUGAUUAAAUUUUGUAAAAACAUGAAUGAGGAAGGUCAAAAAGGGAAAAGAAAACAUUUUUGAAAAGGAAAAAUUGAGAACAAAAAUCCAAUUAAAGGAUUAAAAAAAGAGCAAACAUAAGAAAAAAGGCAAUGAGAGGCAGCUCCCGAGGAGCUGUUUGGACUUGGAGACUCUCAGGAGCCCACCAGGUACGGAGGGGGAGUGGGCUGCAGCGGAAACCAGCUGGUGUUCCUCUCCGCUCCCCGUCAUUUCUCACCUGGGAGAUUAGUGGAAUGUUGACCACAGCAGGGCUGUGAACUCUCAGAUCUUUUUGGUGUGUGCACCUGGGAGCAUGACAUAUGUCCAAACUGUGAUGUGUCUCAAGAAAGAAACAGAUCUGUACUGGAGGAGCAGCCGUGGUACCAAACGAAUUGACAGCUCUGCUCGUUACCCUCAGAUCCGGCCCCAUGUGAAGCCACAUGAGACUGGUCUCUUCCUUACAGUGAUCAGGACCAUGGAGCCCUCUACUCUGCUCCCAGCCACAGCUGUGCUUUGCACUGCUCAACCCUGUCUGUGCGAUUGUGACAGACACUUCUCUAGCCACAACUUUCUCAUGAGGCCAGCUCCCACCCAGUCCUGCAGCAGGGUGGCCUGGUGGCCUCUGGGAUUGUGAUCGUCUGUGUUUUCUGAUACACAGGAAGGUUUAGCUCCUACAACAGGAUCCUUCUCAAGAUGCCUCCUGGGUUGUGGCACUAAGUGCUUCCUAACACAUGUACAGUAAUGAAUCUUUAAAAUGUGCUUAUCUCUUUCAGACCAAAUCCACAAGUGGCUAGAAAGCUGGUAAGAAUCAUGGAAUUUUUCUUGCAGUUAGGACUGGGUUGGGGCUGGACUGCUGGUGUCAUCAGGGUUGUCUGCGCUCUCCAGCAAACCUUAUGCUUGUAAUUUUGGGCUCCCUACCUGCCCCGAUGAGGGAUCCCGAGUUCCAGUUGCCAGUUGCCUUUCACCUCUCUCUGAAUUGCCUUUGUGCUAUUUAGAGCUUUCCAUCCCUCCUGUAUUGGUUCCGAGAGUUCCUUCUCUCAUUCUCUCCUCCAGUAGUUUUCCCUUUAUCGUCCUGACACUUGCCCCUCACCAUCUCCUAGGAGCUUACGUGCUAACUUAUUUAGGAAUUGUCCUUACUGAUCAUCCCUAAAUUCUCCUCAAAAAGUUUUCUAAUAUAUUUUUUCAAAGGAAAAAGGUGGACCUUUAAAAAUAUGUUACCAGGGUGCAAAACAAAACAAAAAGUUACCAAAAUAUACAAACACAUUCAUAUUGAGAAGUAUUAAGUAUUUAAUUCUGAAGAUAAUGAUAUGUUUUCUAAUAGCUUUUCUGGUUUUAUUUAAUAUUUUCUGAUAAUAUUUUCUGUAUUAGUCACUUUGGAAGAAAUUCACAGUACAUAUGUAUAUUUUCAUGAGUUUAGUUGCGUCUUUUAAUGGGUCAAUUUUUACACAGGUUUUAACUUCUUUGGAGAAGUAAUGCUUUCUAACAAUUGGAAGCCUUGCCUCUGGAGUCAGAUUUUCUACACAGAUUUCUGCAACUAUGUAACAUAGACUAAUUAUUGAUGCUUUUUGAGCCAGUUUUACUUUGCUUUCCUAAAAAGUAGAGGUAACCAUAGCACUGCAGCAUUAUGAGGGCUAUUUUGAGAAUUAAAUGAGUACAAGGUCAGUAGAUGAGUGUCUACAUGGUGAAAUGCUGCUGAAGAUGCCAAACAGUGAAUGAAUUAUCACACUUCUCUAUUCCUGUUCAUGCAGUAUUGAGUCAGGCUUGCAUUUUAAACAUUUUAUGUAUAUAUUUUCUGUGGUAGGUUACUAUGUUAGGCAAAAAUGUAACAUUGUAUUAGUCACUUUCUUGAUACUGGCACAAAAUAUUUGACACUCAUAACUUACAGGAAGAGAGGUUUAUUUAGGCUCACAGUUUCAGUACAAGGUUGGCUGUCUGCAAGGCAAAAACAGCAUAGCAAAAGAGCAUGACUGAGGAAAGGUGCUCAACUGUGCAGCUAGGAAGCAGAGAGAGAAGGGAGGAGCUGGGGACAGGGUACACGUCCUAACAGUGCAUUCAGCUAUGAACUCACCCACUGAUGAGUAUAGCACCCCCACAAUCCAGGCAUCUGACAGAUGCACCGGACUUAAGGACAUUUGAGAUCUAACCUAGGGUGCAUACCAAAAGCUUAUUUUGGGGCCAGGGAUUUAGCUCAACAGCAUAGCGCCUGCCUGGCAAGCACAGGUCCUGAGUUUGAAUCCUAGUGCCACCUCCCCCCAAAAGCUUAUUUUUUCCAAAGUUUUUUUUUUUGGUAUCAGGGAUUGAACUCAUGUCUGUGCACUCACCAGGCAAGUGCUUGAGUCAUUGAACUAAAUCUCUGGCCCCCAAAAAGCUUAAUUAUUAUUACUAUUAUUGGUACUAGGGAUCAAACUCAUGACUUCAUGCUUGCCAGGGAGGCACUUAUGCCACCUAGCUAAAUUCCCAGCCCUAAAAGCUUAAUUACUAUAAAAUUAUUUUUAAUUUAAACUAUUCAAUAUGUAAUAACCUCAAAAUCUUCACUAAUGUAUUUGUCUUUUCUCAGGUUAUGCUGUCUGUAAGUUUCACUCUUUUCCUUUGCUCUGUCAUGGUCUUUAACUUCUUUCUAAAUCAGAGAUCAGAAUUCUUAAUUUUCAAAAUUUGCUCUGAGGCCCAUAUUACUCAAAGCAUAGCCACCUUAGAACCUUGGAGAAAAGAAACACUUAAGGCUGAGAAUAUAAGUUUAUCUCUAAGAUGUUAAGAAAGAACUGAAGUGCCUGUGUUUGUGUCUCCUCCCUGUGAUAUCCAUGCGGCAUCUUUGCCUGGGAAGGUGGAGACAUAGCAAGACUCUUAUAUGAAGCUUCUACCCCACUCCUAAACCAAAUAAUCACUAAAGGCUCCUAUUUUCAAUUUCUAUUCUAUGCCCUCUAUGAAGGAAAAGCUCUUACCCUCAAAUUUAUUGGGCAUCAUGCAUAAAUGUUUACUUGUGUAUUUAUUUUACCCCUUAAAAACCACAGGGAUUUUAAGACAACAAACAUCCACAAUUCAAAAAGUUGAAACACUGUGUAAAGUGUGCUGAUACUGUAGUUUUAAUUAAGAUCUGCUAUGUAAAUAACCUUUAUUAUACCAUUCUGUAUUUGGGCUUAGUCCAGUAGACAAAUCUUGUCAGCAAAGAUAAUUCACAAAAGAUGAAAGAGCAUAUUUUUUGUAUCAGGAAUCAAACUCAGGACCUCAUACUUGUCAGGCAGCACGCUUGCUGUGCUGCUGAGCUAUAUCACUAUGUCAGCCAAUAAAUAGAGUGAGUCUAAAACUGGCACAGAUUUCUCAGUGACAAAGUCAUUUGAUGUUUAAUAGAAAGUGCUGAAUCUUCCUUCUGGUGGUGAUGAUGUUUAACUGUUACAUGAAUAAAUUUAAUCUGAACCAAGCAUAAUGAUAGUGAAAAAGAGGAUGAAUCUCAUUCUACAGCAAAGUGGAGCUCUAGAGCCUUUAUUCUUAUGAGUAUAAUCCCCCACCAACGACAAAAGAGUCCUUCCUUUCCCUGCCGUCUGUUUUCUUUCAUCCUGUUGAGACCAGGAUAAGUUACCCUCUUAAUUUUCACCUCUCAGUUAUUUUAUAGCUCCUAUUAGCUUCAUAUCGAAAGGAAGAAAAUAGGGAUUUGCUUCAAAAAGUAGUUGUGGUUAUAGAUAUGGCAUUAAAAGGACUGUGUCUAAGUCUGAAUGGAUGAUGAGAUGCUUGAAAAAGCUGGAGUGAUUCAUAGACGGAAUGAAGAAGUCUUACUGCAGGAACUUUCAGAUUCUCAUGGAGCAAUCUGCCAGUCAGACCACUGUAAAAGGGACCCACAGCACAUUCUUCAUAAAGUUAACAACCAAUUUAAUAAGAGAAGACACAUCUGCUGUACAACUGAAUUUUUAAAAAUGGAGAUAUUUCAGCAUGACCCGUAUAAAUUAUGAGAUUCAAAGCUGUGGAGUAAAUAUACUACAAAGCAUGUACGUAGUGACUUGGAAAGGAAUCUGUAAGUGCUACAAAAAUACAUAUACACAUAAUUUUCUUCUUAAAAUUAAAAAUAUUUACAUAAUUUCAUACUAGAUAUGUGAAAAAUAUACCAUGUUAGAACAAUCUCGUUCCAAAGUUUGAAACAUAAUUCUGUCAAAUAAAAAUAUUCUUCAUACAAUGUAUGAAUUUAUCAAUAACUUUCCGGGUAUAAAGUUGUUCUUCAUGUGACAGAUGAGGAUCCCUCUGAAUUAUAUUUUGAUUAGAAUUUUGUUUCAUAUGGUACCUGGAAGAAGAUGGAAAUUUCUUGUUUAAAAAGAUUUAUUAUUUCUCUUUCAAUAAUCAUAUCCUAGGAGACAGACUACCACAGUCUUCAACAAAUCUUUUGUCUUGAAUUUAAAAAAAAAUGUAUUUAUUUUUUUUUGGUCUUUUUGAGACAGGGUCUCACUAUGCAGCCGAGACUGGCGAACUCACUUUGUAGCCCAAACUAGUCUUGAACUCAUAACAAUCCUCCUGCCUCAGCCUCCCAAGGGCUGGGAUAGCAGGCAUGCACCGCCACACCCAGCCUUUGUUUUGAAUUUUAAUAAGACAUUUUCCAUUGCUACCUAGCACAGAUCCAAAGGUUAUCAUGUUUAUUGGGCAUUUCAAAGACCUAAUUUAACUUAAUGUAAAAGCCAGUGUGUGAUAGCAACGUGUUACCAUGCCUGGCCUUUUCAUUGUUUCUAAGCUACAUUCCUUUUGCUGUUCUUCGACCUUUCUUUAAAUAAGAAAAUACCACUAACCACCUUCAGUACUUGAAGACAGUCAGUAGAUUCUCAAGACCCUUGAUGUAUUCAUCUUUGAUGGAGAGCUAGAGGUGGUAGAUGGUGGUGAACAGAACACGGGUCUUGUCAUCAGAUCUUAGUUCAAAUUCUGUUACUAUCACUUGACAUGUGUUCUCAGGCAAAUUAACUGAGCUUUCUGGGCCUCUGGCCCUACAACAGAAGCCCAUUUUUUUUUUUUUUUUUUUUUUUUUUUAGAGACAGGGUCUCACUAUAUUGCCCAGGCUGGAGUGCAGUGGCUAUUCACAGGCGCGAUCCCACUACUGAUCAGCACGGGAGUUUUGACCUGCUCCGUUUCCGACCUGGGCCGGUUCACCCCUCCUUAGGCAACCUGGUGGUCCCCCGCUCCCGGGAGGUCACCAUAUUGAUGCCGAACUUAGUGCGGACACCCGAUCGGCAUAGCGCACUGCAGCCCAGAACUCCUGGACUCAAGCGAUCCUCCCACCUCAGCCUCCCGAGUAGCUGGGACUACAGGCGCGCG